AGGUGACACGCUAUGUAGGAGUCUAGACAAGCUUAUAUACUGUGGAACAAGGUGCUGUACAUGUGUGCAGGCAAUAUUUGGUGGGCAUAUAUCGGGGAAACGCCUACGAGGUGUGAAAAUAAAUCCUAUUUUCCAUGACCCGGAACACUACUACACAGGAGUUGGUGCCUCUGCAGCUAGUGGGCGUCCAGAUGAUCAGAACCAAUCCCCGAUUCACAUUGAUGUCUAUGAGAGUCUCCCAAGACCUUCAAGACGUGCACGACAUAGACGCCAAGUUCGCUCAGAUCCUGAUCUUAUAGAUCUUGAAAGCAGUUCGCAAGUCUUACAUAGAAAUCGAACUUGCUCCUAUCUCAAUACGAAGCUUGGUAGCUGUUCUGAGACCACGGUGGCAAUCAUGAAGGAUAAUCUGAACAUAGAAACGAAAAAGUCUGACACUGUUCAAAAUGACACUGUCAAAGGAGGAGUGGAGUCAUCUGAAGAGUCGAAAGACAUAGACACAGACACAGAUAGUGUGAGAAUAGCUCAACAUGAUGCAGUUGCAGCUGCAGACAUAUUGAAUAAUGAUUCAGGAAAAGAGUCUGAUGACAUUGAUGCAACAAACGGUGCCAGUCCUAGCAGGAGAUUAAGUGACUCCUCCAUGAUAGUGUAUGAGGAUGUUGACCAGACAUCCUUCCCUAUGUUGUCUUCAGUCAUAUCACACAUGUCCUCAUACACUGAAGACCCUUCUAGUGUUGAUGUUCAAGAGAAUGUCCUCUUCUAUAUGAGUGAUGCUGAAAGUCCAUUGAGUGACCUAAUGUCUAUUCCCAGUCAAACUCCUGGGACAUCUUGGACUGGAAUUGAUGAACUUGCAACACAGUCAGAUUCAGAAGAGCCAGAAGAGUCUCCAUGUUUGCCAAAAGUACCACUACCACGAACCCCUUCAAAACCUUUAAGACCCAUUCUCCUUGCAUCAACAUCAAAUGAUGAUUCAAAUCAAACUCCGAAGAGUCCAAAUCUUUCAUCUUCUGAGCACAAGACAGUGACCUUUGCCAAAGAUACAGUAUUCAAUGAAGAUAAGCCUAAAAGAUACCAAAAAGAAAAGAUCAAUUUGAAGGAGUUGUACCAUGAACGUGUAUGUGGCAGAGCUGGGAUGGGGAUGGUUAACCCUGUGUUUGUUAUCAGUGAUGAGAAACUGGCAAUAUCAGAGACUGGUGGAGAUUGUCUCACAGAUGAUGAAAAGGCCAAGAGAAAUUCAUUUAGGAUCAAUCUUGUCAGUGCACAUCCAUCUAGGACAGAAAAUGCCUCCUUCAGCUCAGAUAUCUCCUCACCAUCUACGAGGGUUCCUGAUCUGAACACGCCUGCAUAUCUGCGGAAAUAUCUUGACCAAGCCAGGGAGACAACUCUGUCAGAAAUUAGCACCUCUGGGGAGACAACUUCAGCAUCCCAUGCUACUGCAGCAAACAUGAUGACUGACAUCAAUGCAUCCACUGAGAUCAUACUUGAGCUCCCAGAAGAUACUUAUGGAAGGAGUGAAAGAAAGAAGAAGUCUUGCAGAAGGAAAGGCAUUCGAUGGACAGUGUUCUCACUCACUAUGCUUCUUCUCAUAGCAGGAGCAGUUGGUCUGGGAGUCUAUUUAUCACAGAGUUCCAGUAGCGACCAAAGUGAAAGCACAACCAUUGGUGUUUGAGAACAGAAUGGAUCCAGUUGCCUUUAAUGUGGCUCCAAGAUAUUAUGUUGUUUGGGCUGGAUUCUGGACUGAAAGAACCACUGGUGUUUGAGAACGGAAUGGAUCCAGUUGUGGCUCGAACAUACUAUGUUGUUGGGGCUCGGGGCUGGAUUCUGGGGCUGGGUUCUGGUCUUUAAUACAUCUGUACUAGAUACAUUAGAUUAAUAUUUUAGAUUGUUUUGCAGUAUUGAUGUGAAACAAUAAGUGGUAAAUGUAUGAUGUUGUGAUAUGGGGACAUGACGGAUAAUCCGAUUGCAAUCAGCUAAUGGAGUCAAAUAAAGCCCCCCUGUGUGUGUGCCAAUAAUGGCCUGCUUUUUAAGGGAAUGACAGCUGUAUAUGUUGAAUGCCUGAUGGUUAUUUGGGAAAGUUUUUUGAGAGAAAGUUUUGUUUCUUUUAAUGACAUGAAUUCCAGCACAAUUGCUUAGAUGUAUGAAAUUUCUGAAACAAAUCAGGGAUUUAUCUAGACGUGCCCAAGUCUGUAUCAAAAAUAAUAAAAAGUACCCGAAUUGGAACUAAAAAUUGACCAAUUCAUGGUACAAGGUAUUAAUAUAUAUAUAACUAAUUACUAAUAAUGUGGCUUUGUAGAAGUAAUCUGUAGUCUCUUAUAACAAGGCCAAUUAGAUAGUAACAGAUUUUAUAAUUAUUGCAUUACAUGCAAUCUUUAAAUAUCUCUGAUAUAUAAAUAUAUCUGAAAUUUUUUAAAAAUCCCAAUUUUGAACAAAGGAACUUUUUUUCCAAUUUGCCUGCCAGGAGCACAGUUAUGAAUCCUAGAUGAAUCCCUGUAAAUACAACUAUGAUCAAAUCCAUGACCCACCAUAAACUUUGUUUGUACAUUCUUUAUGUUACCUAAUGCCCACCAGAAAACUCAUCUUUGGUCAACUCGAAUCUCUGCCCUCAGAAAAGAAAAAUACUUUGAAAUCAUAUAUGAGCAAGAAAAGCCUUAUGAUUUCUUCUUUUUGAAAUCUGGGAAUUCUAGUCUGAUAAAAAGGCCUUUGUCAUAUAUUUCCCAUUUUUUGUGGUCAGCAAUUGUAAAUCAGUUGUGAUAACAUUAAACAUGGUGCAAGUAUUGUGCAACCUGACCACUUAAGACUCCCUGCUAUAUUAAACUUGUUUUCUUGUGCUAAAACAUGAAUGUUUUGUCACAGGUGAAGUGAUAUUGGUAUAAAUAUGUUUGUUUGUUUGUUGUUGAACACCACACUCAGCAAUAUUCCAUCUUUAUGAUGUCAAUCUGUAAAUAAUCGAUUCUGGACCAGAAAAUCCAGUGAUUAACAUCAUGAGCAUCGAUCUACGCCAUUGGAAUAAGGUAACAUGUAUCAUACAAAUCUGACCCUCCGAUCAUGUUAUGACAAGCAUUUAUAUAUGUACGAGCAUGAUAUGCAUUUUGAGGGAAGCAGAAAUCGCUUCAUCGCUACAGUUUGAAUGUAGGUCAUUUCAUAGUGUACAAAGCCCAACAAUAAUGACAGUUCCUAUUUUUAUCUUACCCAUGUCAGCUAUGAGGCAUUAAUGCAAUGUGAUAUAAUGGCUUUAAGGUCCAAAUUAUGAUAGACUGCUCCAUUAUGAUAUUAGAUAUUGAUGUUUAUAUUUUUGAUACAAUACAAGAGCUUUAUCAAAUCUGUUGUAUAAAAUAUUUCAUCAUGAAGUAUCCAUGUAUGCUAAUAGGCUCAACUUUGACCUUCAUGCAAAUGUUCUUUUUAUGACAAUUAUGAUACAUAACAGUGUCAUAUAUGUCAGCAUAGAUAAGGAUAAUUUUGGAGCUCAGAUAUCACAAUUUUAAUCCGGUGCUGAUACAGUCAUCUUAGCCCAAGGCAGGUGGUAUUUGCCUGAGGCAACAUCAAGGGCCUUCACAGCCUGUCAAGCCUGUCGAGGGCCAAUAUGACUGACUGAGGACAUACAACAAGGCCAAUAUGACUGACUGAGGACAUACAACAAGGCCAAUAUGACUGACUGAGGACAUGUAACAACUUCCAAUAUGACUGAGGACCUAUGACUGAGGACCUAUGACAAGGCCAAAAUAACACUGAGGGCCCUUUAACAAGGCCAACAUGACUGUCUGAGGACCUAUAACAAGGCCAAUAUGACUGAGGACCUAUCACAAGGCCAAUAUGACUGAGGACCUAUAACAAGGCCAAUAUGACUGACUGAGGGCCCUUUAACAAGGCCAAUAUGACUGAGGGCCCUUUAACAAGGCCAAUAUGACUGACUGAGGACCUAUAACAAGGCCAGUAUGACUGACUGAGGACCUAUAACAAGGCCAAAAUGACUGACUGAGAACCUAUGACAAGGCCAAUAUGACUGACUGUGAGCCCUUUUACAAGGCCAAUAUGACUGACUGAGGACCUAUGACAAGGCCAAUAUGACUGAGGACCUAUGACAAGGCCAAUAUGACUGAGGACCUAUAACAAGGCCAAUAUGACUGUGGACCUAUAACAAGGCCAAUAUGACUGAGGACCUAUAACAAGGCCAAUAUGACUGAAGAUCUAUAACAAGGCCAAUAUGACUGACUGUGAGCCCUUUUACAAGGCCAAUAUGACUGACUGAGGACCUAUGACAAGGCCAAUAUGACUGAGGACCUAUGACAAGGCCAAUAUGGCUGACUGAGGACCUAUGACAAGGCCAAUAUGACUGAGGACCUAUGACAAGGCCAAUAUGACUGACUGAAGACCUAUAACAAGGCCAAUAUGACUGAGGACCUAUGACAAGGCCAAUAUGACUGACUGAGGACCUAUAACAAGGCCAAUAUGACUGACUGAGGACCUAUGACAAGGCUAAUAUGACUGAGGAGCUAUGACAAGGCCAAUAUGACUGACUGAAGACCUAUAACAAGGCCAAUAUGACUGAGGACCUAUGACAAGGCCAAUAUGACUGAGGACCUAUAACAAGGCCAGUAUGACUGACUGAGGACCUAUAACAAGGCCAAUAUAACUGACUGAGGGCCCUUUAACAAGGCCAAUAUGACUGACUGAGGACCUAUAACAAGGCCAGUAUGACUGACUGAGGACCUACAACAAGGCCAAAAUGACUGACUGAGAACCUAUGACAAGGACAAUAUGACUGACUGUGAGCCCUUUAACAAGGCCAAUAUGACUGAGGGCCCUUUAACAAGGCCAAUAUGACUGACUGAGGACCUACAACAAGGCCAAAAUGACUGACUGAGAACCUAUGACAAGGACAAUAUGACUGAGGACCUACAACAAGGCCAAAAUGACUGACUGAGAACCUUUUACAAGGCCAAUAUGACUGACUGAGGACCUAUGACAAGGCCAAUAUGACUGAGGACCUAUGACAAGGCCAAUAUGACUGAGGACCUAUAACAAGGCCAAUAUGACUGAGGACCUAUCACAAGGCCAAUAUGACUGAAGAUCUAUAACAAGGCCAAUAUGACUGACUGUGAGCCCUUUACAAGGCCAAUAUGACUGACUGAGGACCUAUGACAAGGCCAAUAUGACUGAGGACCUAUGACAAGGCCAAUAUGACUGACUGAGGACCUAUAACAAGGCCAAUAUGGCUGACUGAGGACCUAUGACAAGGCCAAUAUGACUGACUGAAGACCUAUAACAAGGCCAUUAUGACUGAGGACCUAUGACAAGGCCAAUAUGACUGACUGAGGACCUAUAACAAGGCCAAUAUGACUGACUGAGGACCUAUGACAAGGCUAAUAUGACUGAGGAGCUAUGACAAGGCCAAUAUGACUGACUGAAGACCUAUAACAAGGCCAAUAUGACUGAGGACCUAUGACAAGGCCAAUAUGACUGAGGACCUAUAACAAGGCCAGUAUGACUGACUGAGGACCUAUAACAAGGCCAAUAUAACUGACUGAGGGCCCUUUAACAAGGCCAAUAUGACUGACUGAGGACCUAUAACAAGGCCAAUAUGACUGACUGAAGACCUAUAACAAGGCCAAUAUGACUGACUGAGGACCUAAGAAAGGCCAAUAUGACUGACUGUGGGCCCUUUUACAAGGCCAAUAUGAUUGUUUUAGGACCUAUAACAAGGCCAAUAUAAAAAACACCCAUUUAAUGACAUGUUUUAAUUGACUUCAUAAACUAUGUUUUUGCAUCGGGGUAUGCAUUCCCAGGAAUUAUUUAUAUGCAGCUAUAAGCAUUUAAUCAUGAUUUGUUGAUUUAUAUAGAGUGAGAUGUUAAGGGCUUUCAGUCUUUGUGUCGGAAUAGUAAUACCAGUAGCCUACCAGUGUUCAAAAUAAGUGCCUGCCCAUAGCCCUGUAGCAGGCAGACCUCGUGCCACGCCUGUGUUUCAAGCCCUGUAGCAGGCAGACCUCGUGCCACGCCUGUGUUUCAAGCCCUGUAGCAGGCAGACCUCGUGCCACGCCUGUGUUUCAAGCCCUGUAGCAGGCAGACCUCGUGCCACGCCUGUGUUUCAAGCCCUGUAGCAGGCAGACCUCGUGCCACGCCUGUGUUUCAAGCCCUGUAGCAGGCAGACCUCGUGCCAUGCCUGUGUUUCAAGCCCUGUAGCAGGCAGACCUCGUGCCACGCCUGUGUUUCCAAUUGUUAUUGGGGCCUCAUGGCUUGCAGUAAAUGUACAUGUCAGGUUAUUUACUCUCAGCAGAAGAUAAAUGUCAAUGUUUAUUUCUGGCAAGCUUGUUAUAUACCCAGAUAAACAUCAGAUAACAGAUCACUAGAUGUCAAAAUGAAUAAAUCUUGUGGUGACAAUUACAUCAAUCUUUCAUUGAAGGUCAGUGAUUAGUUUACACAUGGUCUAUAUGACAGGUAUAUGGUUAGUUAGGACAGUAGAAACAAUUAUUAUUUAUUCAAAAUAUUGACUUAUCAUUGUCUGGUAUGUAAAUUGUUUGACCUUAGAUUUAACUAGAAACUAUCAAACAGACAAGAGAUAUAACAAGAAAAUAAUAACAGACUAUGUAUAUAAGAAGCAAAUGACAACAGACCAUGGAUAAAAAGAAGAAAAUAACAGACUAUGACAUGACAAGAAAAUCAAAAUUGGGAAAGUCAACAAAGGGAUGUGGAAAUAAUCAGGGAAAUAAACAGCUCAACAAUCAACCUGUUAAGCACAAUAUUUUUAGCUUGUGAGUUUUGCAGAUUUUGUAGAUCUGUGCUAAGGAUGAUUUGGGCCUGGAGGAACUAUUAUAUAGUUGCCUCUUUGUUCUCAAAUAAUCCAAUAUUUCAAUAAUUAGCACAUGCUGCAUACCAAUGAUAAGGAAUACAUAAGUAUUGGUUAAUAAUGUGUUAAGUUAUUGUAGGAAAUGAGUGUCUAUCCAACAAUACAUAGCUGAUAUAAAGUGUGUGAUACAUAUUUUACAAAAAUAGAUUGAAUUAGGGUAUCAGUGGUUAAGUGUAUCGUGGAGAAAUGUAUGAAGGUAUAACCCAUUUCAUAACCAAGUAUUUCAAACAAUUGCAUAAAUAUUACUGGUUUGUCCUCUCGUCAUGUCACUACUGGGAAUCAUCACAUCAGGUUGACUGAAUUAGUAUCCAGUGUUGUAUCUGCACUGUUACCAUGGUUACAGCCAUAGAGAUAAUGUAUUGAGAUUCAGCACAUCCAGGUGAUUCUUAUCUCUCCAAGAGUGUAAGAUCCCCCGUUAGGUUUAGGAAUUUGACUGUUAAAAAGUUGGGAUGUUUGAAAUCAUAUGCCAUGAGAAUCAGAUUUCCAUGCACAUGCAGUGUACAGGAUUCCAGGUAUAUCACCAUUGUUCUAAUGGUAUGCCUAAGGUAUUUGGGAGCUCUUUUGAACCAGAAUCCCAAUGUUUGUUUUGGUACAGAUAAUUGGAAAUGUGUGUUUUAUGUAUUUGAUAAUCAUCUGUGUAACUUGUAUACAAUGAAUAUAUUAACUUUUAUCAAAAAUUUAUGGUAUUAAUGCAAGCCCUGAAACUACCUCGUUUAGCAACAGCCAGAAUGUUAGAAUUAAAACCCUUUCUAAAUAAGAAUAUUUAAUAAUGACUGAUAAAAAUUAAAAUAUUUAUGUAAUGGUUUAAAUUAUGUGAUGAGAAGAAUAUUAUUCAUUAGUUGAAAAUCCUGAUAAACAUAUUGAAUUUCCUUACAAUUAUAUUACAUAUUUAAGGCAUUUAUCAAAAUUAACUGUGGCUCAGCUCAACUGCUGGUUCAUUUGAGGUCAUGGUGCCAUAGUCAAUGUUAUUUUCACAUUAUUGUUCUUUAUAUUUACUAUGUUGAUCUGCAUAUUCCCCUUGAAUCAACACUUCAUUUCCCUUCACCACUGUAAUAUUGUGUUAGGUUUGAGUUACAGUAUAUCAUCUAUUUAACCAUUUUGCCCUUUCACAGCCAGCAUCAAAUUCUAGGCCACAAUCAUGCUCUGAGUCUUUUAAGUUUUCUAAUGACACAUUAAUCACAGGCCGGAAUCUAUUCCCUGCUGUUUCUAAAAUAAUCACUCAUUGAAAAAUGGGGAAAGUGACAAGAUACAAAAUCAUUAUCUCUGCAUUAUCUCUUACCGUUCAACAUUGCAAACUUCCAAGCUUUAUUCAGCAUAGUGCCAACGACAUGGUUGUCAUGUCCAUGGCUCUGUAGAUUGAGAGGGAACUUUAAGAGAUUUCAGUGGUCGUACUUAUCCAUCUUCCUGAGGCAAGAGAGUGAACUGACAAUAAAAGUCCAGUUUCUCCCCUUGCCGAACUAGGCUGGAAUUCCUGGGUUCGAUCAUAACGCCACCAGUGGCUAUUAUGAUUAACGUCCCUUCUAUGCCUAUCCUAUAGCCCAAUCAGAUUCCACCCACCUCUUGUAUCACUUGCAUUUGCUUCAAACAAAAUGGCGAUGCCCAGUCAAGACGAUCUGAUUGAUAAUAAAGAUCCAUAUUGUGAUAAAACGG